AUGGAUUUGAGUUCCAACAACUUCUACGGUCCAAUACCUAAUGUUUCUUCCACCAUGGCAUCAUUAAAUCUCUCGAGAAACAAAUUCUAUGGAGGGAUUUCCUUUUUAUGCCAAAUUGUUGAUGGGUUUUUACAAGUUCUUGAUCUCUCCCAUAACUUUUUAACCGGGGAACUUCUAGACUGUUUAUGGAAUUUCAAACAGCUAAAAGUUCUAAAUCUGGGACACAACAAUCUAUCAGGAAGAAUUCCUACUUCUAUUGAAUCUUUGAUCAAACUCAAGGUAUUGUAUUUAUACAACAAUAACUUCUCUGGAGAAUUACCCAUAUCUUUACAGAAUUGUACGAGUUUAAACUCGUUGAAUUUGGGGGGCAACAAGUUUUCGGGUAACGUUCCUGUUUGGAUUGGAGGAAACUUAUUGAGGUUGUAUGUUCUUAUCCUACGAUCAAACAACUUCUUCGGAACCAUGCCUUUACAAUUAUGUGAAUUAGAAAACCUUCAAAUCUUGGACUUGUCAAUAAACAAUCUCCAUGGAACCAUUCCUUCAUGUUUGAGCAAUCUUACUAGCAUGGUUCAAGAAGGAUUCACACAAGUACAAGAUCUACAAUAUGAUUACUCAUCGUAUUUCGAUUUAGGUAGAGAUGGUGUUGCUUAUGCUGACCAUGCAGUGGUUGAGUGGCUAGGAGAUAAACGUGAAUUCAUUAACAAUUUGAGAUUGUUGAAGAGCAUUGACCUGUCAAGCAACAAUUUAACAGGACAAAUCCCAUAUGAUAUCACCAAUCUUUAUGAAGUGAUUGCGCUAAACUUAUCAGGGAAUGCUCUUCGUGGAGAGAUUCCACGUAAUAUAGGUCUGAUGAAAAAACUUUUAGCUUUGGAUUUAUCUAGAAACAAUUUGUCAGGAGAUAUACCAUCAAGCAUGUCUCAAAUGAGUUUAUUGGAUUACCUAGACGUCUCAUGUAAUAAUUUGUCUGAUAGAAUUCCAUCUAGCACUUAA